AUGAGACAUCACACAGCAUUCGGUGCCCUGGCUCUGGCCUCUUUUGCGGGCUUUGCUGCUGCAAAGGCAAAGGGCGACGGCUACUACGGCUACAAACUGAACCGUCGCGGCGACGAUGAGUCGGCCAUCUAUGAGACAGAAAACACCAACAGCGGCGUUCCCCCUCUGAACCAGGAACCCGACGUUUACCUCAAUGCCAAUGUCUCUGUUGGCGAGAUCUCAGUCGAAGUGCAGAACAUCACGGCCAAAAUCAAUCUCGACGCAAAGGUUCUCAACUUGCUCAACUUCAAUGCCGGUGUUGAUCUCGGCAUCGACCGAGUGAAGCUCGGUAUCUACAACGUCACUGCCAAGGUGGAACUUGAGGCUCGCCUCGGUAACAUUCUUCGUAUGGUCGACGAUGUGCUUGAGAGCAUUGACCUCAACCCUAUCAUCGCUACUCUUGGUGAUGGCGUCAAAGACAUUGUUGGUGACGUUGGCGAUGUCAUCGGCGGUGGAAGUGGAGGCGGAAGCUCAGACGAAGAUCCCGAGGCAGUUGAAAAGAGAGAUCUUACCAUCCGUCUCGAGAACAACAUCCUCUACUCCAUGAACGACUUCUCCGGCUCAGCACACACAAACCGUGUCCUUACACAAGACGGUUUUCUAUACAACAUCUACCUCGACAACCAAGGUCGUGAGAAGAACCGCAAAGAAGUCGGCUACUACAGCAAGGACAUGAAGUUCACCGGCCACAAUAGGACCAUCACCGUUGAUGGAGGAGUCGAGUAUGAGCUGCAGUACACAUACGCGCCUUAUCACGGCCUCAGCGCCUACUGUAACAUCUACACCGACCCCGCUGGAAAGGUCCUACGGACAAAGAUUGUUGCUGAGGCUGAAGGUGGUGGCGCUGCCACAAUUGCCAACGAGGAGGAGGCGGACCUAUAA